UCCGGCUCUGCCUCCCCCUCCAAGAUGGCGACGUCUCUGGGCUCCAACACCUACAACAGGCAGAACUGGGAGGAUGCGGACUUCCCCAUUCUGUGCCAGACCUGCCUCGGAGAAAACCCCUACAUCCGGAUGACCAAAGAGAAAUAUGGAAAAGAAUGCAAGAUCUGUGCCAGGCCUUUCACGGUAUUUCGCUGGUGCCCGGGUGUCCGCAUGCGUUUCAAGAAGACGGAAGUGUGCCAGACCUGCAGCAAGCUCAAAAACGUCUGCCAGACCUGCCUCUUGGACUUGGAGUACGGCUUGCCCAUUCAGGUCCGUGAUGCAGGCCUGUCCUUUAAAGAUGACAUUCCAAAGUCCGACGUCAACAAAGAGUAUUACACCCAGAAUAUGGAGCGAGAGAUUUCAAAUUCUGACGGCACCCGGCCAGUUGGGGCCCUUGGGAAGGCUACAUCUACCAGUGACAUGCUGCUGAAACUGGCUCGCACCACCCCCUACUACAAACGGAACCGUCCACACAUCUGUUCCUUCUGGGUGAAAGGGGAGUGUAAGAGAGGAGAAGAGUGCCCAUACAGGCACGAGAAACCUACGGACCCAGACGACCCCCUCGCCGACCAGAACAUCAAAGACCGGUACUAUGGUAUCAACGACCCCGUGGCCGAUAAGCUUCUGAAACGAGCGUCGACGAUGCCUCGCUUGGACCCGCCAGACGACAAGAGCAUCACCACGCUGUAUGUCGGCGGCCUGGGGGACACCAUCACGGAGACGGACCUCAGAAAUCAUUUCUACCAGUUUGGCGAGAUCCGGACAAUAACUGUUGUACAGAGGCAGCAGUGCGCUUUCAUCCAGUUUGCCACGAGGCAAGCCGCGGAAGUGGCCGCCGAGAAGUCCUUCAAUAAGCUGAUCGUCAACGGGCGCCGGUUGAACGUCAAGUGGGGACGUUCCCAGGCAGCCAGAGGCAAAGAGAAGGAUAAGGAAGGCUCUACGGAUUCUGGAAUAAAGCUGGAGCCCGUUCCAGGACUGCCUGGAGCUCUCCCUCCUCCUCCGGCGGCCGAAGAAGAAGCGUCAGCCAAUUAUUUCAACCUGCCUCCCAGCGGCCCUCCUGCGGUGGUCAACAUUGCGCUGCCGCCGCCUCCUGGGAUUGCACCCCCACCCCCGCCAGGGUUCGGGCCUCACGGGUUCCACCCGAUGGGCCCUCCGCCGCCCUUCAUGCGAGCCCCGGGACCCAUCCACUACCCGUCUCAAGACCCCCAGAGGAUGGGGGCUCACGCGGGAAAGCACAACAGCCCCUAGCAUCCCGCCGCCGGGCCGGGCCUCUGCUCCGGAGAAGCACGAUAGCAACCCAAUAAACACACCUAGGAAGUCGAUCUGUUUUUUCUUUGUAAGUUUCCACGGCAGCGUGACCCUCAGGCCCCGGCUGGGUCGUGGGCGGGCGGAGAGCCGACGCCGCGGUCCCCACGCGCUCACGACGGCGAGGGCGGCCCGGCGUCGGUCCAUCCGGCCACUGGAGUCCCCACCGUAACUUCGGCUCCUUAACCGCACUGGCAAGUGGGGACCGUGUGCCGUUAGCAAGAACCUCCAGGUAUGACGUGUUCCAAGACUGCCGGCACACGUGUGGAUCUGUGCCUGUAUGUGUGUGUAUGUAUGUACGCGUGCCCGCGGCCUUCGCUCUUUUGGAGAUGUGUCUCCUGGGGUAACCCGUUUCCGUCCAUUCUGCUUGUCCGAUUCAAACCUUGAACUACCUUCCCGCCCGUAACUGUUUCCUCCCUUUUUCUAGCCGAACUUUUUCAGAUCUUUUUGCUAAUUCCGACCGUUGCCAAGUGCUAGGGGUCGUCUAGUCAUUUCCCCGUCACUCGAAUCGGCGCUCUAAAGUCGGCCGGAAUUGGGAAAGACCCCAGCAUUUGAGAACUGGAGGCGCUGGAUUGGGGCUUUGCUGGACCCCCGCCUGACGGCGUCAGUGCUCAAUAAAGCUUUUUAAAAUGGGGACCGUACUAGGGGGAAGUUUUCGGACCUCCUCCCCUCCCGAAAUGGGGCAACCCAUUUCCCCUGCCAGAAAGGGCCACGUCCACUCCUGCCGCUGCUGCUCUGUGGUGACACGGGGUCUGGCUCCCCCAGGUCUGACCCCCAAGCAGCAGGGGACAGUCGGGGCUGGCAAUUCCUGCCCCAAUUUAGAUCUCAGUGCCCAGCCUGCGUCGUUCAGCCCCGAGGGACGCCAGGCCCCGGGCCGUAGCAGCAGUAGAUGGAAGUCUAGCCGGGCGAGGAUCCCCGUCAACCCGAGGUGGCCGUGGGGAGUGGGACCCAAGGACCAAGCUUGCCCAACCUCCCCACGUGCCCCCGAAAGCCAAAAAGAUCCCCGCGGCCAAAAUCUUCGGGACGCAAGUGGAGACCUGCCAGUGACCGGUCUCCUUUCCACAACUGGCGGCGGUGGGGUCAGGGAGGGUUUGAGGCUAUCGAACUAUCCUGUCGUGUGAUGAGGAUGAUACUAAUGAACGUCACCGUAAGCCCUUUCUGAGGUCAGCAAGCCCUGUGUGUUUGUUUCGAUAGCCGAUCUGUGACUUGGACGAAAGGACCUUGUAUUUAGCAGGAACCUCCAUGUGCCUGCAGUGUCUCUGGUUCCCUCCUGCUGCAGAAGAAAGUGUAUAUUUGCUUCUUUUUUUUGUUUGUUUUCUGUUUUUUUUUUUUAGCUUGGAUGUAACCGAACUAUAGGUAAAUGGUAAAAGGAAG